GACCAGACAGAAGCAGAAAUCAUGGCAGCACAACACCGCCCCUGUCUGAGCUCUCCGCUGUCCUCACGCCCGUGGUGCUGAAAUCUACGCUCGACCCGACAGCAAUGUAACGGCAAUGAAACAAAGACACGGGGAGCACGACGAACAGAGCGAUAAUGGACGAUGAUUUGUUUCAGUUAAGACAGCUCCCAGUGGUGAAAUUUCGGCGUACAGGUGAAAGCACUCGUUCAGAGGAGGAGUACGGUGGCAGGGAUGAGGUUCUCCAGGUGGAGGGAGGGCGGACGGACAUGGAGUCAGUUUCCCUGGCUGAUGGUGCUCCAGUUCCCCGGGAGUUCGCUAAUCCCACCGAUGAUACCUUUAUGGUGGAGGAUGCAGUGGAAGCCAUUGGCUUCGGGACAUUUCAGUGGAAGCUAUCCAUCCUUACCGGACUUUCAUGGAUGGCAGAUGCCAUGGAGAUGAUGAUCCUCAGUAUACUGGCCCCUCAGCUGCACUGUGAGUGGGCACUACCCACCUGGCAAGUGGCACUGCUAACCUCGGCAGUAUUUAUUGGAAUGAUGAUCAGCUCUUCAUUAUGGGGAAACAUAUCUGAUAAAUAUGGCAGAAAAACAGGUUUGAAGAUGAGUGUAUUCUGGACCCUGUUUUACGGCCUCCUCAGUGCAUUCGCGCCUUUAUACGGAUGGAUUCUGUUCCUCAGAGCUCUGGUGGGCUUCGGUAUUGGAGGCGCUCCACAAUCAGUGACAUUGUAUGCUGAGUUUCUCCCCAUGCGGUCCAGGGCCACUUGCAUUUUGUUGAUAGAGAUAUUCUGGGCCCUGGGAACAGUAUUUGAAGUGCUGCUUGCCAUUUUGGUGAUGCCAACAUUGGGCUGGCGCUGGCUGCUGGCCCUCUCCACAAUUCCACUUUUUAUUUUUGCUAUUCUUUCCUUUUGGCUGCCAGAAAGUGCACGUUACGACGUCCUGACAGGGAAUCAGGAGAAGGCUUUGAGCACACUUAAACGCAUUGCUGCAGAAAACAAGGUUCCCAUGCCACUGGGAAAACUCAUUGUGGCCAGACAGGAGGACAGGGGGAAGAUUCAGGAUCUUUUCUCUCCACACAUCCGCUGGACCACUGUUCUGCUAUGGUUCAUAUGGUUCUCUAAUGCGUUCUCUUAUUAUGGUGUGGUUUUGCUGACCACUGGGCUUUUCCAGGAGGGAGGGGCCUGUGGUCAGGCGAAAGGCAGCAAAACGGAUCCAAGUUGCAGUUUGGAGUGCAAGUAUCUGAAUUCAGAUGAUUACAAAGAUCUUCUGUGGACCACGCUCUCCGAGUUUCCAGGUCUGCUAGUGACCCUGUGGGCGAUCGAUCGGUUGGGAAGGAGGAAGACUAUGGCACUGUGUUUCUUCGUCUUCUCCCUCUGCAUUGUGCCACUCUAUGGAUGUGUGGGAAGAACUGCUUUGACAGUUUUGAUAUUCAUUGCAAGAGCCUUUAUUGCUGGGGGUUUCCAAGCUGCGUAUGUGUACACACCAGAGGUGUAUCCCACGGCAACAAGGGCACUGGGUUUGGGUACCAGCAGUGGAAUGGCUCGGGUUGGAGCUCUCAUCACUCCAUUUGUUGCACAGGUGAUGCUGGAAUCAUCGGUGUACUUGACUCUGUCCGUCUACUGUUGCUGCUGUUUGUUGGCUGCUAUUGCGUCCUGUGCCCUUCCCAUCGAGACCACUGGCCGGGGCCUGCAGGAGUCCAGUCACAGAGAAUGGGGUCAGGAGAUGAUGGGACGGGCAUCAGACCACAGCCCUGGUGGGAUUCCACAUUCCAGCUCUGAAUCACAGGACUAAAGGGACACAGAUGAGACAGGUUUUUUAAAAGCAAUUGGUCUUAGAUAUACUGUAGGGAGGGAAUGUACUUUGCAAAAACAAUGUGUGUCUAAACAGACCUACCUGAUUCAGUGGUUUUAAGAGUUGCUCUGCAUUGAUUUUUAAAGUUGCUUUAUCAAAGGCAAGAGGUUUCCUUUCAUGAAUCUCCUCUUGGCCAGAGAAAUGGAGGGGAAUACAUAUUCAUGGAAGUACAACAGAAGAUAGGUUGAAACAACCAUAUGGUUCUAAGAAUGUUAAUGUGCAUUUAAAGGGAUAGUUCAUUCAAUUCAAUCACCCUCAUGUCAUUCAAAACUUACUCUUUGUUCUGUGGAACACAAAAGAAGAUAUUUUGAGAAACAUCUUUUAUGGUUUUAUGUCCAUACAACAGAAGUCAGUGGGGUUCAGUGUUGUUUGGUUACCAGCAUUCUUCAAAAUAUCUUCUUUUGUGUUCUUCAGAAGAAUCAUACAGGUUUGGAAUGACAUGAGGUCAAGUAAAUGAUGAAAGAAUGUUCAUUUUUGGGUUAACUAUCCAUUAAAGAGGAAAAGUGACAGAUUUUAACUUCUCCCAGAUAAAAAGCACAAAAAAGUGUGUUUGUUUGUGGGUCAGAAUGACAAUGAGUAGAAAGUGUGGAUUUGUGUGUUUUAUUUAUUCUUUAUGUUCAAAAAGGGCCUUACACUCCACUCCCAACAUUCCUUUGGGGAGUGCAUGACAACUUUUAAUUCAUAGCGCAAAGGCUGGAUGCUGCUAUCAAAACUAGCACACAAUGCACCAGUUGUAUUGCUUUUGUUGAAGAAACAUUUAGUAGAGCAUUAUAGAGGCUAGAUAAUUGCUAGCCAUUCAUAGUUUUUUUUCUGCCUUUACUGACACCAUGAGGCACACAGUGACAUUUAGUGGACAUCAAAAUCUUCAUUUCAUACCACAUAGUGUUGGAAAGCACCUUUCGAUGGCUGUCAACCGCUUCACUUGUAAGGUGUUUAAACUCGAAUUCUACCCUAAGCACGCACAUCAAAGGUCUCUAGAAGAGGUACAAUCUUGAAUGUACAGAUUAUAUAGAAAACAACAUUCACCUUUGUGUGUUCAAAAAAUCAAACAGGUUUGGAACGUCGAGAGUAAAUAAUAACAGAAUUUGCAUUUUAAAUACAAGAACUCUUUCAUUACAGUCUAUUCCAGUACCAGAGCCUCCUUAAGGCAGAUGUCUAAAACAAUUGCUUGCAUUAAACGCGCAACAUAAACAUAAACGCAACAUUGCAAGGUUUUUUUUCCCACUCAAUUGUAUAUUUGGUUAUUUGUAUCUCUACCUAUUGAACAGUCCUUUGGGUUGGUAUGUAUUGAGAGGUGGGGUUGUGAAGUACGCCUGCCUUUGCGAUUUAGUGCUGCAUUUUGUGUCUAUGUGCACAGAUUUCCUGCCACUGCACCGGAUGUACAUGUGUAUGAUACCGUAACAAAUAAAUUAUGCGUCAAAAAGAAAGCAAAAA